AUGUCUGCUAAGAAGUGUUUUGCUUGUGGUAAAAGUGCAUACCCAUUAGAAAGAAUUACUGCUGGUGGUAAAGAUUAUCAUAAUGCAUGUUUCAAAUGUAAAGAAUGUGGUCUUCAUUUGACACUUAAGAAUUUCUUUUUCGAUCAAGGAACUCAAGCUGUAUACUGUAAAAAUCAUGUUCCAAAAGCUACUGCUACUGCUGUUACUGAUUCAAUUGCUAUUAAACAAGCUUUAAAUGCACCAAAGAAAGAAGCUGAAAAUAUUGGAACAGUUCAAAAAGGAGCUGGAGGAAAACCACAUAGUGUUGUUUUUGGUGAUUCUAGUGAACGCCGUGAAGAGGCUGCUCCAACUGAACAACCACAAGAAGAAGUACAUGAAGAAGUUCACGAAGAAGAGGUACAUGAAGAAGAAGUUCAUGAAGAAGAAGAAGGUUUUUAA